AUGAACCUUAAAGAACCUCGCGUAGCUGUGAUAACGCUUCGAGCACCACAAACCCAGCAGCGCAAGAAGGUCGUCUGGACCGAGGACACCGUCGACAACGAACAUAUGAAUAAAAAGAAAUCCAAAUGUUGUUGUGUAUACGAGAAACCCCACAAGUUUGGCGAAUCAGAUUCUGAGGACAGCGACGACGAAUGUGAACACUGUGCCGGACACGUUGAGAGGAGAAAACUGAAGAAAAGUGGAACACAACAGGCUGCUGAGAAUAGCGCUACUGCCACUCCUACUGUUCAGGAAGAAACUCAGCCAAGAGAACCAGACACGGUGAUAACUCUGCAACCAGUGGAACCUACACCUGCGCCCGCGCCGCCAGACAAGGACGCCGAUAAUACUGCAUAA